AUGAUCUUGAUAUCAAUCUCCUCAAUUCUGCCCGUCCAGCCACAAGGAGCCCCAUCCCGAUCAACUCAACCACUGACCCCGUUCUCAGAACCGGUGGCAUCUCUCCCUCACCAGUUUCCUCCUCAUCUUCUCUCGAGACCUCUCGUCUUCACCUCAACCAGCAAGCUAUCCUCCGUAACGACGGUUCCACCUCUUCCUCCACCCUCGAUCAUCCUGAACCAGUCUGACAAAACGGUUGAUCGUGGGAGCCCUAACCACCAACACACUACUAGAGUCUCAGUCGAGAAGGACGAGCAAUCUGCAGCCGACGGGAGCGAAGCUGACGUAGUCAUGGAACAUGUUGAUGAUGACGAAGCAGGACCCACCCCACCUCGCCCCAAUCUCUCCGAGCUGGAUCACGAGAAUCAACCGUUGAACACUCAAUCCCAGUCAAGUCCCAUGGAGGGUCUGCCAUCAUUCAUGCUGCCAAUCAUCAGGCACCUCCCGCUUCGUCAUGCUCGUCUUCCCUACUCUGGCCCUGGUCGCCCUCAUGCGCAAACUCGACUCUUAUCAUCAUCAUCAUCAUCAUCAUCUGCUAUUGCAAGCGCCGUCGGCCCAGUCUCUGAAGACCUCUCACGGGUCUUAUCAGAGACCGAAGGUGCCGCCCUCGCGCGCACUUUCACCACUCGUCGUCAACCCGCUCCUCUUACAACCGCACCAGCUCCGACUGCUAACGUGGUCGAUCACGUCGCUCCCAAUGCGGCUACGGCGCGACCGGAAGAUCAAUCAGUCUCAGCUCACCAGUCACUCUAG